UGUAGUUCGAUCAUAUACGACAAUCAUUUUCAAAUUUUCGACUAUUAGACAUUCGAUUCCAUGGAGCCUUAUGCAUGAUGAUGUGGCAGAGUGGUGGGCGGCUGUGCUAAGGUGCCCAACACCGCACUGGAUUCAGCUCGUGCAGCUGAAUUUAGUCGUGAUGUUUUUGACUUACUCCAUCCUCGCGUUACCUUCUUAUAGUCGAUUUCCAAAGCUUUUCUUUGAGUGAAGGCCAAUUUUCUUGCUCUGUGAAAGAUACUGAGCACUUGAUCUCAUUCUGGGCAAUCUGAGGCCAUGGAACUUCACAGAAAACAAAUGUAACUGACUUCAUUAAAUACCUGCGCUUAAAUUCGUCCUCCAGAGUAUUUCAAAUCUUGUUCUUUCUCCAUAAUACUCUGCCAAUAAGUUAUGUCUGACCCUAAGGACUACACCGUUGGCUGGAUCUGCGCCAUAAGUACGGAGUAUGUUGCCGCGCAUGAAGAUAAUCCAGCAAUUCACUAUGACCUGAUUGCUUCGGCGAACCAGUUGAUGAAGGAUGCUUCAAUUCGGGAUAGACUUGCUGCAGAGAAGGAUGUUCUGUGCUUUGAGAUGGAAGCAGCGGGGCUGAUGAACCACUUUCCCUGUCUGGUUAUUUGUGGUAUAUGCGACUACUCGGACUCCCAUAAGAAUAAGGACUGGCAAGGAUAUGCAGCCAUGACGGCGGCAGCAUAUGCGAGAGAUCUUCUUUAUUGAAUUGCUCCGAACAGGGUUGAAGCUGAAAGGAGGAUCAGUGAGCUUCUUCAUGUGUGUUAGUCAUUCUUCAGCCACUGAAUUGAUGUGAAGUCACC